UCGACUCACCGAGUCACCCGCCGUUUUUUUUUUCUUCACUUUAUUUCCCAUUUUCACUUUUAACACCACUCCCAUUCUUAUUUUAAACUAGGGCUCCUUUUAUUUUCUCUCUGUUAUUUUCCGGCAACUAUGAAUCCCUCCGGCACCAAAUUUCCGGCGCCGGUGAAACAAGAAGUUGAGGAUCAGUUAGAAGAUCAACAUGGGCCCCUCUACAAGCGCUCCAAGGCCUCCUCCUCUUCUAGUCAGCAAAUUGGUGUGCGGAGUGAUAGCAUUUAUGCUGCACCACCGCCACCGGCGCAAUAUAAUCCACUUGAUGAGCCUAGUCCGUUAGGGUUGCGGUUACGAAAGAGCCCUUCGCUUUUGGAAUUGAUCCAGAGGAGGCUUUCGCAACCAGAUAGCUCUAAUCCCGGAGGAGGUCCUGCCAAGAAUGAACACAGAGGUGGCGGUGCUGGUGCUGCCUCGGGUAGUGGUGAAAGUAGGCUUAAGGCCUCGAAUUUUCCUGCCUCGAUUCUUAGAAUUGGCGCCUGGGAGUAUAAGUCGAGACACGAGGGGGACCUGGUGGCAAAGUGUUACUUUGCGAAGCAUAAGCUUGUUUGGGAAGUUCUUGAUGGCGGUCUCAAAAAUAAGAUUGAAAUCCAGUGGUCCGACAUUAUUGGUUUGAAGGCUGCUUAUCCUGAUGACGGACCUGGGACUUUGGAUGUAGCGCUGGCAAGACAGCCGCUUUUCUUUAGGGAGACCAAUCCACAGCCUAGGAAGCACACACUAUGGCAGACAACAGCGGAUUUUACAGGUGGACAAGCUAUCAUAUUCAGGCGACAUUAUCUGCAGUUCCCACCAGGCUUGUUAGGAAAGCAGUUUGAGAAGCUCAUUCAAUGUGAUCCUCGUCUCUGCUUUCUGAGUCAGCACGAAGAUAUGGUAGAUUCUCCAUAUUUUGAACCCAGAAAACCGAUCUUCGACAAAUUAGAUGACGUGAAGAAUGAGAUUGAUAUAAAUAUUGCUACUGGGCCUGCCACCUCUGAAUUGAGGGAUCAAGUGUCAACAUCUGGGACUCGAUCUUCAUUCUCAAAAAAUGAAUAUGACUUUCUCAGUAGGCAUCAUGAUCAUUUUCUUCACGAGUCACCUUCACCAAGCUCAGUAAUCGACAGCAAAGUGAUUGAGAAUAUAAAGAACAAUAGCUUGGAGGAGUUGAAGAAUCGUAGCUGUUGGGAUCGUAUCAGAGUUCCUGGACUUCACACUUCACUGUCAAUGAAUGAUCUAGUUAGCCACCUUGAAAACCAGAUCUUGGAGCCCACUAUUUCAAAUAGUCCUAUCUUAUCUGAUGAUCAACGGAGAAGUUUGGAGAUUCUGGAAGAGAUCAGCAAGUGCUUAUUUACGGAUUCUCGUCAUAUUACUUCUGAUGAGAAGUCUGUGAUGUCAAGAGUCGACUCCCUGUGCUGCCUCCUGCAUCCUUCGACAGUUCAAGAAGACCCUCUUGACAAAGGCAAUAAUACUAAUAUGGCUACUAGUGAGGAUAAUAAACAUGUACAUGAACUGAAAUGGUUCGACACUAAGCUCAAAAGCAAGGUUGCAGAAGAAGCUCCAACUCUACACAGUGAACUGAAUGAUGGAUCCGGCUGCAAACAGGAACCUGAUAUGUCUAGGAAGGACUCUGUCGGAGAUUUGCUGCUCAAUCUUCCCCGAAUAGCAUCAUUACCACAGUUCUGCUUCAACUUUUCUGAAGAUCCUGAUAAUCAAAACAAAUGAAGUGUCCUCGGCAACUUCUCUCCUUGUGUAAUUAUCAUGUGUACAAGGGUUAUACCCUAGUCGUUGACGGUAAACUUCUGUAGGUUCUUUCUAGGUUUUCUCAAAAUAUUCGUAGACAUGACGGGUUGACUAUUUAGGUUUUUUAAAGAAAUUCGUAGACACAACGGGAUGAAUAUUCCUGCUUUUUUUUUUUUAAUUAUUAUUUAGGUUUAUGUAGUUUUGAGUU